AUGGUAAGUGUAGUUUGAUUUCCCAGUCAGGUUGUUGUUCUCCGUCUGUCCACUAGAUGGAGGUAGCGCGUAUGCAAAACGGUUGCUCAGCUACCGACACAAACAGCCGAAGAAGAAGAUGAAGUAAAACGAUCCUGGUAGCUUAGCCCGAAUCUGUCUCCAAAUAUGUGAGAAAUGCAUUCAUGCAGCAGGGAUUUUCGAUGCACUUCUUUUAGUUUGCCCGCGGCUUUCUGCAUUCUGCGGCGGACUGUCACGCAGCUCCGGCCUCAGGCGGACUGUCGCCGCUUCUGGGACCCUUUGUUUUUGUAGCCAGGUCUAGCGUUAGCUAAUUUGGCUAGCGUCGACGCUGCUGUCCUCUCAGCACAACUGAUGUUGAUUCAUUGCUGCGGGGCAGUGAGUGAAAGCGCAAACACAAGGUAACUCUGGAGCAAGUAAACAGCCAUGUUUAUGCUGGUGUUUUAACUUCCUGGGAGUCUGGCGUCGGGCGGCGUUUCUGCAGUGCGCCCCACGCUAACGUUUGAUAAGUGGACUUAAACCGCGGCAUGCUUUAACAGAGCCUCUCUGUCGAAAUGUUAUUACAAGCUAAGGUUAGCUAACACACCCAGCGCUGCCAGCAGCGUGAGCCACGACGCGGAUGAGCUGGAGUCGCUGCCGUCUGCGCGCCUUGAGAUGGAGCAGCGCUCAGUAGCCGCCGAAAUGGACCUCCCUCUGGAGUUCACAUCAGCCUGACUCGUACCCACGUGAAAGGGGAAUCAUGUCUUGCAAAGCCGCCACCAAGGACAAGAAGUCGAGCUUCAGCAAGAAGCUGUUCCGACGAGGCUCGGUCCGCUCCGUGGGCAGUUUUAUGAGCAGAAUCCUGAGGACACUGACGGCGCUAUCGCACUUUGGAUCUGAAGUUCAAGCAGAGGAUGACAAAGAUGAUGGAGGCUUCACCACAUAUAAACCUGGAAGUAAAGAUGUGGCCAUGGACGAGGGGGAACUGGGGGGGUUCCUGUCUGGAGAGAGGGUCCCAGGAGUGUCAGGUCUCAAGAACCACGGCAAUACCUGCUUCAUGAAUGCAAUCCUGCAGUGCCUCAGUAACACGGAACUGUUUGCUGAGUACCUCGUUCUGGAGCACUAUAGAGGCGAGGAGGAGCUGGAUGAGGACAAACCAAAGACAAAUGGCGUCCAUCUGCAGAUGAAGGGACCUUUGGCCAAAGGGGAAGUUACAGAGCAGCUGUCUGGACUUGUGCGGGCUUUAUGGACGUUUGAGUAUACGCCGCAGCACAGCAGGGAUUUUAAGAAUGUUGUGUCAAAAAAUGCCACGCAGUUUAAAGGUAACGCUCAGCACGAUGCUCAAGAGUUUCUGCUGUGGCUGCUGGACAGAGUACACGAGGACAUAAACACCGUCAACCCAAACAUCAGGCCCCCCAUAAAGCCACCUAUUGAAGAAGAUGACCAAAGCAUAGAGGGACCGUCUCCUCCCCUCUCUGCUGGCUCAUUUGUACAAGAACUGUUUCAGGCGCAGUAUAGGUCUUCUCUUACUUGCCCACAUUGCCAAAAGCAGAGCAACACCUUCGAUCCCUUCCUUUGCAUCUCUUUACCAAUCCCACUACCACACACACGGCCCCUGUAUGUGACAGUAGUCUACCAGGGGAAGUACUCUCACUGCAUGAGGAUCGGAGUUGCUGUUCCCAUCAAAAGCACCGUCUACCGCCUCAGAGAUGCUGUGUCACGUGAGACCAAGAUCCCAAUGGACCAGUUUGUUUUAACUGAAAUGUACUAUGAUGGCUUUCACCGUUCCUUUUGUGAUGAUGACGAUGAUCUAGACAUCAUUCAAGAAAGCGAUUCCAUCUUUGCCUUUGAGACACCAGAGACCUUCAAACUGGAAAACAUCCGCACAAAAAGGGGAAGCCUUCUGGCAAAUCUGAAUCACAACAACUUGAAAUAUGGGACUGAAAUCAGCAGGACUCCGUCUUUCAUGCAGGGGGCCAUGACCCCUGUGACUGCAUCACCAAAUAAAAACCUGGGACCUGAGAAAAUGAUUCUUUUGGUUUGUAACCGAGCUUGUACCGGUCACCAGGGAAAAAGGUUUGGCCUGCCCUUUGUACUGUACAUGGAGCGCACUGUGACCUGGGAUACUCUGCAAAAAGAGAUCCUGGAGAAAAUGCGUCAUCUUUUGAGGCCUGGGGUCUACAUUCAGGUGGGACCUUUCAGUCUUCGGGUGGUUGGCGUCGUUGGUAUCACCUACCUCCUUCCCCAAGAUGAGAGACCACUGUGUCACCCAACUGUGGAAAGAGCAUUCAAGUCCUGUGGACAAGGAGGGCCACCGCAUGUGAAGAUUGUGGUAGAGUGGGACAAAGAGACCAAGGACUACCUGUUUGGACACACUGAGGAGGAGUACAUCCCUGACGCAGAGAGCGUGUAUCUGCACAGGGAGCAGCAUCAUCAGCCACAGGCCUGCACCCUUGCUCAGUGUUUUCAGCUGUACACAAAGGAAGAGCAGCUGGCCCCAGACGAUGCCUGGCGAUGUCCUCAUUGCAAGCAGCUGCAGCAGGGCCGCAUUAAGCUCAGCCUGUGGACUCUGCCCGAUGUGCUCAUUUUGCAUCUCAAGCGAUUCAGACAGGAGGGAGACCGUAGAGUGAAGAUGCAGAACAUGGUGAGGUUUCCCCUGAUGGGCAUGGACAUGGCACCGCAUGUGGUUAAGAGAAGUCAGAGCAGCUGGAGUUUGCCCUCCCACUGGUCACCGUGGAGACGACCGUACGGUCUGGGAAGAAACCCCGACGACUACCUCUAUGACCUGUAUGCUGUUUGCAACCAUCAUGGGAAUAUGCACGGUGGUCACUACACAGCUUACUGCAAGAACUCCAUUGACGGUCAGUGGUACUGCUUUGAUGAUAGUGAAGUCUCCCCAAUAGCGGAUGAUGCCGUGUGUCAGCAGACUGCCUACAUACUGUUCUACCAGAGGAGGACAGCGAUUCCCUCCUGGUCGGCCAACAGCUCUGUUGCUGGAUCCACCAGUUCAUCAUUGUGUGAUCACUGGAUCAACAGGUUGCCUGGUAGCAGACCCGCUAGCUUAGCCUCCGGAGCCUCGUCCAGACGCACCUCUCUGGCUUCACUGGCUGAAUCUGUAGAGUUCCCGGUAGAACGUAAUGAGGAUGAUGGAGGAUUCUCUGUUCGUCCUUUUGUAAGGAGUAUUCAGCGUCAGAGCCUGUCCUCCAGAUCGUCCAUCGCCAGUCCUCUGGCCUUCAGUGACAGUAGCAUAAAGCCGUCUUGGUCUCUCUCUGCCAAGUUGCACAUGAGAUCCAAUUCCCCCUCACGUUUCUCUCUCGACUCUCGGUGUUCACCACCACUAGAGAGGAUAGGAGAGGCCUGUGACGACAAGGUUUCCACGUCUUGCUUUGGCAGCUAUAGUAGACACGAACGCUAUUUUGGCAGCAGGACUCCCCUGUCCAUGAUGGAGAGCAACUUCAGUGAGCAGGACAACAAUAAGCGCUUCCUCGACAUGAUGUACUGCAGGGCUCCCACUCCAGUGGAAAAGAAGAGCACGAAGACUGAGCCAACUGAAAACAACAACCAGAUCACCGCUAUAGACCAAAACAUACUAUCCACUCAAUCCACUCCCUCUAAAGAACAGAAACGCAAGAGCAGUAUCGGAGGAUUCGCAUCAAAGGCAGAAAGCACAGGUUCCUCAAAGAAGGCGGAGCAAGAGAAAACGUCCAAAAGGCGUUUGUGCUCAACUUACAAGACCUCGUCUGAGACGCCUUCCAGCACACCUGUCAAAGGCAAGAAGGCCAGCAGUGCUAAAGAAAAGAGUGGGAAUACCAAGAAAAGCACCUCAACACCCAGUGGGACUCCAGCCAAAACAAAGGAGGCCAAUAAGCCUAUAGAUGGGACACCGCAACACAAGCCAUGUGCCCGCACCACACCUCAGUCCUCAGCCUCUCCCUCACCAACUACAAAGAAGACUUCCAGCGUCGCAGAGAAAGACAAAGGCUCCAUGAGCAGCCGGAAACGACUGGUGGAACGGAGCUACAGCAGGGAUUCUAUGCACACCAGCCCCCUGGCCGACAGCCUCCGCAGCACCUCCAUAGCCCGCUCGCUCUCCAAGAGCGGCGAAAGCACCCGACUUGAAAGGAGGUCGGUGAGAAGCUCCAGCAGCAGCUCCUCCGUCACCAGCCUGCGUUCGCCGAGCGUCUCCACCCGGGAUCUGCAGCGCAGCGGCAAGUCGGAGGAAAAAGGCCUGUCGUUCUUCAAGAGCGCCCUCCGACAAAGAGAGAGCCGCCGGUCGGCCGACUUGGGGAAGAGCUCCUUGCUCGCCAAAAAGGCCUCGGAGAGGAUGUGCAAGCCGAACGCUCAGGCCAAGGAGACCGGCGCCGACGGGAAGACGGGGGACGCCGCCCUUUCAAAGGCGCCCGCAGAGACUCACAGAGGGGAGACAAAGUCAGAGACAAAGGAGUCUUCCAAGCCCUCCAGCUCGCUCAGUCGCACUCUGUUAAAUGUAGGCAAGUCCAAGUCUUCCACUUCUGAAGUGAGUCUGAACUCCCCCACCAACGGGAAGAAGCCUCUGCAAAGGAUGGCGUCUUCCCGAAAGCUGUCUUCAAGCAUGCAAUCUCCUGCACGUAUAACACAGAGGCCUCAAUGAUACGAUAUCCACAGUAGGCAAAUCCAUUCAACUUCCAUAAUGCAGCUGUUUUUUUGUGCCUAGGUUUCAGUGAGCGGCAGACGGCAGGAUUUGUAAAGAGACAUUUUUGAUGUUAUUCCUCUUUUAAAACUGGCUACAGAAAACUACAGAAACGACGGCCUUGAGGUUUGAAUGUCGGCCGCCGACUGAGUAGUUGCAGCGUGCGUUGCUUAGAUGGGCUUUCGAUGGAAGCGACAAAGCGCAGUGGUCAGGCGAGACAGCGUCCAGCCUGACGCCGCCCUGCCGCACACGGAGGCAUUCGGCUGCUGCACGGCGCAGUGUGCGACAGCCGACACACCUCUACUGGAAUCUGAAAAUCCUCUUAUUCCUCCUUCGUUUUGUUUUUUUUCCAAAUGCUUCAGCUGAAAAGUAAAGCAAAUAAGGGUUAGUCGGCUCAUUCACCUCGCGUGGCGUACAAGAAAAACCCGUUGAACCGAUUUUAAAUAGUCUUUUUCCAGUAAUGACGGCGGUUGAUGCUUGAAACCGCUUUGCCAAUUCCCGACAGAUGCGUGACAUUAAUAUUAGUCUCCGGACAAAUAUUGACACGUGCACUCUAUUACGAAUGAGUUCUCUUCAGUAUAAUUGUGGCUGAGUUGUAGUAGUUUGUAAAUAAAAGUCAAUCAGAUUUAUCAGUGAGAAGUAAAACUUACAAAUUGAAACGAAUGUUACAAUAUUUCUAAACUUUAUUUUUGUUUAAUACUAGGAGUUUUUUGAUAGUGAUGUAUUUUAUUAAAUAGUUAUGAAAUGAACUACAUUUAUUAUGAAAGGGACGUUGUGUUUUGGAAUGGAACCCUUUAAAUUUCAUUAUAUAUAUAUUCAUUAUAUAAUACAUAGGCAAAUAUCUAUAUGUCCAACCUGGAUGUGGCUCACGCUAAUGUAAUGCGUCGAAGCGAGAUGAAAACGAUCUUAAGCGCCUUUCGAUUUUGUCGGUGGAAGCGAGUGACGGCGUAUUAUUCAUGCAUCACGGAGGGGAAGUUGUGUUGUUCGCACUUUUUGGAGAGUUGAUUUAAGUUUCGGAGCCCGAUGAAACAAUAGUCGCAAUAAAUCCCGAACGUGACGCGUGAUCGAAGGCCCUUCAGAGAGACGCCGGUUCCAUUGAACGCUGGUUUUUGGAGGCUGGCGCCUCGUGCCGUCGUCGCGCUGAAUUACGUUGCACAGAGAACGAUUCCUUUGAUUCGGUUCAACCCCGAGGCUGAGGUAAAUGGCGCGAACGAGAAAAGAGAAACCAUCUCGGUGUUAUAAUAGACACGUCAACCGCAGCUCAAUUCAGCCGUUUGAUUCAGCCUCGUUCACCUUUAUGACAGGAUGGAACUCACCUGAAUCGCUUGGAUAAACUGCCAGUAGAUGCACACACACACACGUGCAUAUUUAACACCCCCCCCACAGCAGCAUCGGGCCUUAGACUUGAAAUGGUAAAAUGGUACAUUCAUCUCAACCUUUCAGGGUUCAGCCCUACACCUGGUGCUUCUACAGACCACUGCUCCUCUGGCUGCAUUGUUUGUUCACCGAGCACGAGCCGAACCCUGACCACUCACUUCAGUGAACUAGAAGCCCGUCGGCGGCGUUUAUCUCAACCGGCCGCGCCUCCGCUGGAGAGGCCGGCGCUUUGUUCCGCACUUUUUUUCCCCUUCUUUAUCAGGCUGAAACAGAACAUUUGUAAUGAGCUACUUAAUUAAUCCCACAACUUCAUUCCCAUUGUCUCCCAGCAGUUGUCCAGCUAUCGGGCAGCGUUGUAGCGUUGCAGUAGUCGGGGCCAGAGGCAGUGAAGCGGCCACGUUGGCUGCUGGAGGUUUAUUAUUGUGGAAACGCUCUACCUGUAGUUUCAUACUUUAUAUACCAGCAUAGUGUAUGUUGUAUGUUACAUCCAAGCAUUAGUAAGCAGUUCUCAAGCAUUAACAUAAUGGUUGACUUUGAGCUUUCUCUGUAGCAUCUACCAGGUUUACAUUGGUUCUCAGAUGGUUUUGGAGGACGCACCACUUAAUGUAAACCAUCAGGGUUGUUACUCUGUGAGCAGCAAACGUUCUACGCGGCAUUUGCUGCAAGCCUGACUCCCCUGUGGUGUUUUACUUUACUUUUAACUGCGGUGUGUUGAGAAGACUGGCUUUGCCCCAUAAACAACAGGCAUAAGUUAUGCAUCGCUUUGCUCCAGUGCUUUUCACUACUUAAGCAAUACUGAUUAACACUGAAAUGACCUUCAGUGACCUAACAUUAGAGCAGCGUCCUCAGAGGGAACUAUGGAGCUUCGAUGAGCUACGUGAUCAGACGUAGGGAACCUGUGCUACAAGAGCACUCAGUGCAGAACUCUUUAAACGAAGACUCGCCACCGAUGGCGUCACAGACGUAACAUCCUUAUGGUUUCACCCCAGUGGUCCUCCUGUAGCUGCUCUUUUCUACGUAACGUGACCCAUCAGGAACCUCUGCAUGGCACUUUGGAUCAAAGCAGGGGACGUUUGUGUGGUUUUCUUCUUUUGACGUUCACUUCUUCAUGUUUGCGUGUUGUAAAUGUCUGUAAUUAGGCUCUAGUGGUUGGUGAGCAUUUCAGAGCUGGAUCAUGCCAUUAUUCCUGUGAGCAGUGGAUCAUCCAGACAUGUAGCCAAACCCCAGUGCAUUAGAAUGUGGUUCCCCUUCACUUUAGCUCUCUAGGGCAUUAAACAGAGAUUAGUAGUCAGUCGUACUGUAUAUUCCUUCCACUAUAUAAGAGGAGUCGUACCUUGAGACCAUAUCGCAUCCAACCAAACUUUUUAAAACCGAACUAAAAUGAAAUGUGCAGCCUUCUUCUCUUGUGUUUGUAUCCACCACACUGCCUGUUUUAAUUUCACAGCGUGUAAGAUUAGAUUGGGUUGGAUGGAGUCGGGCGGUCUGUGGCGCCUCACCACGUUUGUGCAGAGGCCGGUGUAGAGCUUUGAUUUCUGUGGCAUCGCUCGGGUCCUGUCGUCGUCUCAGGAACCUGCUCACGUGGUGACGAACCCAACCUCUAAUUGCUGUCUCCCAGUCAUGAGCCUGCUGUGACCAGCACACGGUCGUUCGGAACCGAAUCGUUUGGCGCUCGCUAAUUAGAAGAAUCGCGGUUACGUAGAGUCAAAUAUCCAGUCAGCCCAAACACAAGAUGUCUUCUUACGUGUGUUAGUCUGCUACCUGAGCUUUCCUCCCUGCAGUAGUAGUGUACAGAAUUAAGGGUAAGGAAGGAAUGCAGCGAUGCAUGACGACGCUAAUGCAUGUCUUUCAUUAACUAUGCAAGAGUCUGCAGCCGUGUACAGUAGAGCAGAGCAUGGCUGGUAUGUUAUGUUGCUUGUUUUGCACACUCUCCUGAUGUUUUUCAACUGUAAAUCACAAAAUAUGUCACAUGUAUAGUUGUAAGGAUUGAUCUUAAAGUCUUAUCUAUAUGAACUAUUAACUUCUUGCGUCGUACGAUGUAACGUUUCUGUUCUCCUUUUGGUUUUGCUCCGGGUGCUCCUUUCUUCAGCGUCGGUUAUUCUUUUUGUACACCAGCUGUUGUACACCAGCAAAGACAAUACUAUGGAUGCGAUAAUCUGUGUGUGUGUGUAUGUGUAUGUGUCGGUGUGUGUCCCGUCCAUUCACGUAGGUACCAACAGCUGGCGAACCCGCAAAAUGCAUCAUCCGCCUCCAAAUUGUGGUCAGUCUGUGAUAAAUGCAAUUAAAACAAAUGUAUAGCUGAAUGCAAUAAAUAACAGUAGAUUUAUAGUUUUCUAUUACAGUAUUAAUUGACCCUCACAGUCAAAUGUAAAUGUUAAGUUUCUUAUCAUUACCUUGAUUGCCGUCAAACAUCAGCUUUAAAGCAGGCGACACUUUUCUGUGGUACUAAAACCUUCAUCCGGUUCUUGCAGCGGCGUCUCUGCAGAAGGUGAUCGGGAUCAGACUCUGAAUGUCGUGACACAGAUGAUGUGCUAUUGUGAGCAGAGUAGCAAUUCGUUCUCAAGGCGAAAUCAUUAAUUAAUGUGCUCAUCUGCAGCUUUGCAGAUGAGCUUGUACGUGGUUUUUCCCUUCAUGUACAAGCUUUUCUCUCUACAGAUGUGUAAACACUACACACGUGAAAGGAUCAUUUUUUAGAAGCCUUAAACAAAAAUUGUAAACCGUAGGUUGAGUCUUUAGACGAUACAGAAACUAAAGAUCUCCAUCAUGAAUGUCAUGAGCCUCAUUUUGUUUUUAAGCUAACAGAAAAGUAACACUAUUGUGCAACUUGAACAUGUUUCUCAUCGGACCAGUUUGUCUUUUCCUUGUAUUUUUUUAAAAGUGUCAUUGAUGAAGCGUUUUGUAAAAUACUCAAUGCUUUAUUGCCAUUGUGCGAUUGUUAUUGACAUCCGCAUUGUCUGAACUGGCCUGAAGCUUUUUUUAUAAUUUUCUAUUCGGGAAUCUAAUAGCGUUUGUCUGUUUUUAUAACAGCUGAACAAUCUGACGGUUUAGUAGGUUAUUAUACUGUGUCAUAGUCUUCCAUGUUAAUUUAUUUUCUCUCUUGUUUUCAUAUAUGCACUUUUUUUUUUUUAUUUCUCCAAAUGGACAAAUCUGUACAUACGUUGUUGGUUUAUCCAUGCAAGUACGAACCUUAAAAUCAGAUUAAAAACAUUUUAGCUGC